GUCCUAACGUAUUUCAGGAAUCAGCGUCACAAGAACAUGCCCAUGGCACCACCAUUCUCACUCAUUGUAGGUGACACAUCAUGGGUGGUCACUAUCGAGUCAACGCAAUCAGGGUACGAAGUUCAAGCAACUAACGGAUCGGAUCUACAGUGUAGCCUCCAUAUUGACGAAUCAUCGGUGAAGAAAUUGCCAAAACAUGGCGCGAUCAAUGAUCACGAUGACUUCAACGUGAUAUUCAACCACCUUCAAUUGAGUCCACAUCCAGACGGAACUACAACGUUGUUGCUACGGCCACCUACCACAGAGCUGGAGCCUCAGACCUCAUCUCUCGCACAACUUCUAAGCGCUACACAAAUCUCCGACAGACGUCCGUCGUUGGACAACUUGCCCGUUCUCAGUGGCGACUUCAAGAAACGGACAAUGAGUGUGGCCAUCGCCCCCUCGUCGGCAUCACCAUCCACAGCAUUUCCACCCAUCAUCAAGUCCCCGUCAAGAUCCGCGUCCAUGUCCAUGAAGGGAGGAGCCAGUCCUUCAUCGUCACCAAGUUGGACCAAACUCGUCAAAGUCGUUCGCCGCAUCCCCGUGUUUGAGCUGGAAGAAGCGGUGCUUCGCAACACGCACGACGUCAAGCUCCGCGUGGAGCUGGGGCUGCGAUACAGCGAGACGUUUGCCACCGAAAUGCCUGCAAUGCUGCUGCUGGAGCAAGCGAGCUUGUUCAGCGACAACGCGGCGGUGGGGUGGCGAUUCUGGAACACGCUCGGUGACCUGCACUUUUCACUUCUGAAACGGUACCCGCGCUACAACUACUGCUUUGCGUUCCACCUCCAAAAGUGCACUUCGGCGUUGGCCAAAGCGCUGUCGUACAUUGAAAACGUCGCGGACACGUCGCUCAUUGUGAAAUAUGCGACGGGGUUAUUCAUGAAGGGCGAGCGCGAACUGCCGUACGAACUGCUUAAAUCGCUGAGCUUGACGUAUGCCAGCAACGGCGCCAAGCUCGAGCCCGCCGCGGUGGUGGAACGGCACGCGCUGCUCUUCCGCGUCACACUGGCCAACUCGAUCAUGCACGAGGCCGUGCACCACAUUACCAAGUUGAUUGAACUGGUCACGGCCGACACGACGCUACUCCCCACGGGGUACACCCUCAACGACUUCCACCUCAUGCUCGCCCGGUGUGCACAGAUCGAAGGCGACUUUCUCUUUGCCACCCACACGUUUUCGCGCAUCCUCGGCGAAACAUUUGGCCACUCGACUGUGUAUUCCGACGACCAGUACUUUUCGCUGUGGCAUCAUCUCGGCACCUCGUGCUACGACCAAGGCCACAUGUGGCUGUGCAUCGAGUACUACACCCUUGCGCUGACCUACGCCAAGCACCUUCCAAUGCGCGCGACCAUCUACUACCGCCGAGGCCUGGCGUACUAUUGCAUUGGCGAAGCGAUCAAAGCUGAAGACGACUACCGAAGGGCCAAGAGCGCAUGCCACGACGUCAAGCCCGACGUGACGCUGCACGAUCUCAAGAAAGAGUACCUCGUCGAGUUUGACCGGUUGUUGGACACACCUGUGGCCACUCUGAUCAGUCAAGUUCGCAAAGGCAUGGGCAAGACCACCGCGUCCAUCAAGGUUCAACGCCAUUUUCGACACUUUAUGCAACGCAAGCGCAAAAAGUCCGACGCGUCACGACUGUUGAGGCGGUUCUCCAAUAGCAACCGCGCUUCGUCGGUGGUGAACCUGCUCGCCUCCACCGAAGAAGGCGACGAACCGAUCGUCGCCGCCCCCGUGCCCCCCGCCUCGUUGCCGGAGCUCUCCCCCGCCGACGAAUUCAAAUGCCGACGGGAGGCGGCGCUGCAGUCGCUGCAAGCUUUGCACGCGAAUGACAUGCACGUGACCACUCCUCUGAAAGCCACCCGCGCGAAAUCUCCCCUGAAGAAACCACCCCCCCAGUCAUUGCAAUCGAUCUCGUUUCUCACGCCAGACUAUGAUCGCCCCGAAGCUCGCCGCCAACGCUCCAUCACAUCCUACCGUCGGUUGGGGUACUCGACAGGCAACGUGUCGUGCGUACAGCACUGGAAAGCGAUCAUCAAAUGCGGUCAAAGGCUGUAUCCGACGUUGGACGCCAUCCACCGGGCGGUUGCGCACGUGAAAUUCUUCCACACCAACAUGCCUGGUGACGUGGCGUUCUGUGCGUUGGCAGACAGCGACGGCCAAGUGGACGAAGCAUGCGGUAAGCUCAGCGACGCCAACUACCGGUCGGAACUGGAUUGCAUCUGCCGGGUCUUGGACGUGAGCGCUUGGAUGACCAUGCACGACGACGGCCGACCGGUGGAACUGGCGGGGGUGCCCGAGAUCGAUCCGGACACGGGGAGGUUCUUCGUGCACGCGCUCGACACGAGCAUGUUCAAGCAGGGGAAGUUGCCGUCCUCCCCUGAGGCAGCCAUCACCUCUGUCCUCAGCGACACCACGCAUGACCAUACUCCGAUAGCAAUCCCACCGUCCAAGCUAAAGCUGCAGCAGACGUCGUCCGUGUUGUUUGAGAAGCGUAUUUUCAAGGACAAGCCGUUCCGUGUAGGGCAUGUCAUUGAGCGGCAUGCCUCCUCUACUUCGGACCUGAAUGCGAUGCCAGAGUCCAUUAUCGUGGUGGACCCUAGGCCCCCCAAGCUGUUGCAGUCCAUUGCGUCGACGAACAAACUAAAAGAACGCACAAGGCAAACGCCUGCUUUGGAAUAGUCUGUCGAGUACUGUUCAAUCGACAGAAAUGGAUGGCUGGGAUUCAAUGGAGAUAUGACGACGAGACGAUAACGGCUUCUAGUCUUUUUUGGGGAACACGACACGCUUAAACUCGCUGGCAGCGCCAAUGCUCGCAGCGACGGAGCGCAACGUGGCUUCCGCAGCAACCUCAAGCUCCUCCUUGGUCCCGUUGUUGUCGAUCACCACGUCCGCCAGCUUGACCUUUUCCUGUCAAGGUAUUAGUGCAAUGUGAUGAGAUAUAUGCAUGCCCUCCGUGCGUGUGUGUACGAUAAACACGAUCAUGACACAUGUGUACCUCAAUACUCA